CAUAAUAGGAAGUAUAAUCAUAUUGGUUUCCUCGUCAAAAUAAACUCAAUUGAUUGAUUUUGUAUAGUCUUUCCUCUUGAUCUUCUUCCCAACGUUUUCUGGGUUUUUGACUAUUUAGUCUUUCCUCUUUUGGAUUCUGUAAUUUUUUCUUUUUACCUCCAUCCAAGUUGGAAUUUUUAUCCAAUUUUAAUCUUUUACUUCAACAAAGAUUAUCCCUUUUUUUCCGAUUCCUCUUCUGGGUUGUUAUUAUCCAUUUUCUCUGCUUUCUGGGUUGUAUUGACUAUUGAGCAAGUAGGACUUUGUGUCAUUGUGAUACAUUGAGCUAUACACUUGUAGAUUUUACUUUAUUAGUGUGGUUAUACUUUGUUGGAUCUACAUUUGGUUGACAUUUGAAAAUGAGAAUAUUGGCUCGCUCAAUUCGCCCAUUUCGAUCGAUUUUGAGGUGCCAAGGGGAAAUUUGUGCUAUUGGUUUGACAAAGAGAAGAUAUUUGGCGAAUCAAAGAUUCAAUUACACUUGUGGAAUCGUUCAAAAUCAUAAAAAUUGUAAAUUUGCUCAUCCGGAAUCAAUUCUAUCAAGAGCUUUAUCGGUUGAAGCUGUGCAAAUCGUUAAUGGAGAUGGCAUUAAAGGAGGACCUCUUGUGGAAUAUGAAAGACGAAUCGCUGCAGGUGAACUAUACGAUGGUGAUCUAUGUCAGCUCGACACGUUGAGAGAGCUUCAGAGGCUUUAUAAUCAGCUUGUUGAGAAGGCCAAUGAAUGUCGAUUAGAUCGUUAUGCAACCUCAGAAAAGUCUGGGAGGAGUAGGUGGUUAUGGUCCCGUUUUGUUCCACAGUCUUCUUAUUCUCCGGUGAAAGGUUUAUACCUUUAUGGUGGAGUUGGCACCGGGAAGACAAUGUUAAUGGAUUUGUUUUUCGAUCAAUUACCUAGCACCUGGAGGAAAAAGAGGAUACAUUUUCAUGACUUCAUGCUCAACGUUCAUAGCCGUUUGCAGAGACAUAGAGGCGUGGCAGAUCCACUUGAUGUUGUUGCAGAUGAGAUAUCAGAUGAUGCCAUUUUGUUAUGUCUCGAUGAGUUCAUGGUAACUGAUGUGGCUGAUGCCUUGAUAUUGAAUCGCCUAUUUGGGCAUCUGUUCAGCAAUGGUGUUAUUCUUGUUGCUACUUCAAAUCGUGCACCAGAUAAUCUUUAUGAAGGUGGUCUUCAGAGAGAUUUAUUUCUACCUUUUAUUGCGACAGUAAAGGAAAGGUGUAUAGUACAUGAAAUCGGUUCAUCAGUAGAUUAUCGGAAGAUGACCUCUGGCGAGCAAGGAUUUUAUCUAAUUGGACUUGAUAUGUCAGGUCUUCUGAAAGCAAAGUUUCAGCAGUUAAUCGGGGAGCACGAAGCUCGGCUACAGGAGGUGGAGGUUGUAAUGGGAAGGAAAUUACAGGUUCCGUUGGGUGCAAAUGGAUGUGCUUAUUUUCCAUUUGAAGAACUGUGUGAUAGACCUCUUGGAGCAGCCGACUAUUUUGGAUUAUUCAAAAAAUUUCAUACCUUGGCACUGGAUGGUGUGCCAAUUUUUGGGCUUCACAAUAGGACGGCGGCAUACCGGUUUGUCACUUUAGUUGAUGUGAUGUACGAAAACAAGGCUAGAUUACUGUGUACAGCCGAGGGAAGCCCGGUUGAUCUUUUUGAAAGAAUAGUAACGAUAUCUGAUGCCAAGAGCAUUGCACCGCGAACCUCGUCAAGAUCAAGAAAAAAUGAUAUUGUCGAUCUUUGUGUUGACAAUGAACUAGGAUUCGCCAAGGAUCGCACUAUUAGUAGAUUAACAGAAAUAAAUAGCAAAGAGUACCUAGAACAGCAUGCUUCGAUGCAAGCAACGAAACAGCUCAAAGAGGAAGCAGCAGCUGAUAUUCCCGUGUGAUUUGAAGACGGGUUUGAUUCGUAUUUGCUUACGAGUAUAGAGAUGUUGUGCACUAGCAUAAAAGCCGCCAAUAUAGUGUGAAUCUGGAGCAAGAUUGAUGAUUGUUUAAUUGCCCUAAUAAUACCCAGCAAAAGGCAAAUAAAAAGGUUCAACAUGCUGCAACAUUUUAGUUUAGACUUAAGCCUCUUUGUUGAAUUUUUGAUAUGUUUCCCUUAUUGAAUGAGAACCCCUAAUUUGUACAUACAGAGCAGUACUUUACUAGCUUUUUAGAUGAUUGGCCUUCUAAAGACUUAACUUUAGAUUAUUGUUACUUAGAUAGUUAGAUCUAAACAUUGGAUUAUCAAGAAAUGUCAAAUGACAAAUAUGACAUUCCUGGUUGCUCUAAGUGUGAUGUUUGAAGCCUUAAUGGAAGUUUCCAAAAGUUGCCUUUUGGGGUAACCAAAUAAGUACUCCCUCUUCCCCAUUGAAUUGCAUCAAAGAGAAAAUAUAAAUAAAUAAAUAAAUUUAAUGGGAGUAUUGAGUGUUGUAAUAUUUUAUUCUUUAGUGUAACACAUGUGAUACUUUCUAUAGAUAUUUUAGUUGCUACACUCAAUGUAAUUAAUGUUCCUCAAUUGCUUUAGUUUUGCAUAUAUUUACUUUUUAGAGUUUUUAAUCAUUUGUAAUAAAAGGCAUUAAGAAUUAAAUUGUGAAUUGGAUAGCGGAAAAAUUAAGUGUUGCAGAGAGAGUGCUAAACAAAAAAAGAGAUUAAAUUGUGUAGAUGAUAAUAAAAGAAAGUUAAAUGUGUGAAGGAGGUGGUGGGAUCAAUUUCAAAUAAAAAACCGAUUCAAAAUGAGUAGGACAACUCAAAAUAAAAAUUAAUGCAAAUUAAGAGGGACAAAAGGUAUUUCUAACCC